GCUUCGUCGAGGCACCUGGCACUGUUGGAAAUUCACUCGGCCGCUUGGAGUCCGCGGGGAGACGGCUAUUCGUGCUGUCAAUUUGCCAAUCGAACGGGAAUCCAUAAAUGCAAUCUGGCUCUUCCAAAGGGCGAAAUAAUGAAACAGACAGACACUCCCACCGCUCGGGAGCCCAGUCUGGGUGAGUGACGGGUGCAGAUAUGGGACUUACCAGACGAGUUGGUGAAUAGCAGCCUCUUGGAGCUGUGUUCUAUUUCUAUAUAAGAGGCUUACUUACCUACGCCAGAUGUAGCGACUGGACUUUCAGCCGCUCUGGGUCACCGCGAAAGCAAGCCGCGCGUUUGUUUAUGUUGACAGUUUACAAUUAAAACAAGGCAAUUCUGCCCGCAGAACAAGUAAGUUAUUCAGUACUUUCAUCCGCCUGCUGCCGAAGCUGAAUUGUACGGCGGUCAGAAGUUUGGACAGUUGCGUUACGCUUGGAUGCAUUGAGAAACGUCUUUUAAAUCUUCGCAGCGAGGGUAUAUCUCAUGGCGAAGGCCAGAUUCGCUUAUGAGUAUUCCGAAGCGGAGGAUAAGAGCAUAAGACUCGGGUUCUUUCUCAUCGUCGCCGGUAUCAUUUCCUUGUUCAUCCUUGGAUUUUGCUGGUUAAAUCCCACGCUAAACAACAUGCAGUGCAAGGCUGCGAACUGCACUGUUGUGUCGUUGCGGCAGAUCGGGGAGAUGUCUGAGUGCACUUUUACAUGUGGGGCAGAUUGUAAAGGGACGUCGCUCUAUCCUUGCAUCCAGAUCUUCGUCAACAAUUCCCAAUCGAACAGCAGAGCUCUGCUCCAUUACGACGAGCAGCAACUACUUCUAAAUCCCAAGUGUUCCUAUAUCCCCCCUUGUGAGAGAGACAAUCAGAAAAACUCUGAAAAUGUGCUGAGUUGGCAUGAUUAUUGGAAGGAAGAGAUCGGCGCUCAGACCUUUAUUUGCUAUAUUAAUCGUCAGCGAAGACCUGAUGACGUGCUGCUGAAGAGGACCCGCGAUGACAAUGUUCUGUUGCACUGCGUGCUCUGGCCCCUGCUCACUCUGCUGGUUGGGGUUCUAAUCGUGCUUCUGACUGUCUGUGGUAAGAGCCUUGCUAUUCGAGCAGAAGCCUUGCAGAAAAUGAAGUACUCCUAGUGAGAAGACUGCUGUGAAGUGACAAUCAGGCAGCAUGCCCAUGAUGACACGAUCAAUGUUGCAUUCAAAGGCAAACCUGGAAUGAGAAAGACCUGAAUUGAUCCUAAUCCCAAGAAACGAUUUACAAAGUUUUCUGUGAUUUGAGCUGCUGGGAAGACUAAAGAAUUGAUGAUUAUAAAUGCUCGCAAAUUGGCAUAAUGAUUCCAUGGCAUUAUUGCAAAUGAAAGCAGCCAUUCUAAUAGUUUUUAACUGUUUCUUUUCAGUUUAAUUUCCAUGCAAGUAUGGGGUUUCCCAGAAUAUAUUGUUAGUUAACUGCAAUCCCAUCUUGUGAACCUUCAUUCAAUUAAUGCUCCCAAAAUCUUUACUACUGCUACAUUUUUAAAAAGACUGUACUUUGUAAAUAUGUAAAAAGUUGUUAAUGUUUGUGAAGUUAUAAUGUGAUGAAAUAUUGGAUUUUGGGUAGAAUUGGCUUUUUAUUCUGAGUAAUAAAGGUUAAA